ACGAGAAAUUGGUGACGAGAAUGCUUGCGGAAGCACGGAGUGGAAUGUUGAUACAUUGUUGUUGUUUUGUAGUUAAUUUAGUACGGGGAUACAUUUCUGUUCGACUGCUGGACGCCUUUCAGAAUUGCGACAAGUAACUUCAACCCGUAUAGGACGGAAACUUCACAAGCUUUACGCUUUCCCGACGGAGAAUAUCCGCUUUCAUAAGUGUGACGUCUGUGGGAUUCUGGCCAGUUUAUGCAUGCAGGGUAUGACGACUCAGUUUAAAGGAAACAAGACUUUAAAGGUUAAGAAGGAGGUGGGUGAGAAUGCUCCGGCCCUCUGUGAUGACGAGCUGGUGGCCAUGUCGGUUCGCGAGCUCAACACACACCUGCGCGGGCUGACCAAGGAGGACGUGGUGCGGCUGAAGCAGCGGCGGAGGACCCUGAAGAACCGCGGCUACGCCGCCAGCUGCCGCAUCAAGCGGGUCACCCAGAAGGAGGAGCUGGAGAGGCAGAAGCAGGAUCUGCAGCACGAGGUAGACAAGCUGGCCCGGGAGAACGCCAGCAUGAGGCUGYAGCUGGARGCCCUYCGKGCCAAGUAUGAGGCCCUGCAGUGCUUCGCCCGGACUGUCACCUGCGGGCCUCUCUCACCAGGCAAGGUGGCCACCACCAGUGUUAUCACCAUCAUCAAGUCUACUAACAACCACAACUCCAGCCCAACCUCCUUCUCAGCUCCCUCCUAGUUGUGACAGGACUGAGCUCUUGUCUCCCCGUCCUGCCUGGUCCUUACCGGUUCCGAUCCGAUCCAGCCUGAAACCAAUGGCACCUGACCCAUGCUGAGAGGAAGCUCAGUAAUUAGACUGAGGGAAGGGGGUGGGGUGGCCACUAGCUCUGUGUGAUGAUAACAACAUGAUGCUGCAUUCAUUCUCUACUCUCUUUCUCUCGCAUACUGUACAUAAUCUACAUUGUCUGUGCACUGUGCUACACCCUCCCCAGCACCGGCAGGGCAUUGGGCCUCUCUGACCCUCUCUCCUUGACUGAUGGCAGAGAUUAGCUCAUACUACAGUGUGAGUGGAUACUUGAUAUUAUACAUCGCGAUGGCAGCACUGGUCUGAGACAGCUCUGAUGCCUGUGGUAUCUUGCAUUUACAUAGUAUAAAGUAAUAUAUUAUUGUAAUAAUUACCGUAUUAAUACAUUAUAAAUAUUUAAAAUAACAAACAAAAAAAUGCUGAUCUAAGCCUAAAAGCCUUCUUUCUUCUUUAUAUGAAAGCAUAUACUAAUGUCGUAAUGAAAAUUGAGGCAUUGAAGCUUUUGCCUUAAACUGAUCUCGGAUUGAUCUCUCAGUAAUAUUCCAUUUUUUUGUCACUCUUAUACAGUAUGUUCAAUAUUUUAAGCUUUAAUAUUUCCAAUUUCAAGGGCAGCUUGAAAACCGUAAAAAAAAAAAUAUUGAUAACUGACCAAGCAUGUUUAGCUGGAUGAACCUGGCCCUUUUGACAUUGGAAAACUUUUAUCUGGUUUAGACUGUAGAUUAGACUUGCAGGUAUAUAGCAUUAUAGCAUAGCCUACAUAAAAGAAUACAAACAUAAUCAUGGGUUAUCCUCCUUACAGCUGUGAGGAACUAAAUCUACAGUACAAGUAAAAUACAAAUUAGGCUACAUCAGAC